AUGAAAAGAGGUACUGCCAAGAAAAGCGGUACUGCCAAGAAAAGAGGUAUAGCCAAGGAAAGAGGUACAGCCAAGAAAAGCGAUAUAGCCAAGGAAAGAGGUAUAGCCAAGGAAAGAGGUACAGCCAAGAAAAGAGGUACAGCCAAGAAAAACGGUACAGCCAAGGAAAGAUGUACAGCCAAGGAAAGAGGUACAGCCAAGAAAAACGGUACAGCCAAGGAAAGAUGUACAGCCAAGGAAAGAGGUACAGCCAAGAAAAUAGGUACAGCCAAGAAAAGCGGUACAGCCAAGAAAAGCGAUAUAGCCAAGGGAAGAGGUAUAGCCAAGGAAAGAGGUACAGCCAAGAAAAGAGGUACAGCCAAGAAAAUAGGUACAGCCAAGAAAAUAGGUACAGCCAAGAAAAGCGGUAGUUAA